UGGAGCUGCACCCCCGACCAUCAUGCUGGGUUUGGGUUUGGACCUCGGUGGACCAUGGCACCAGAGAUCCACUCAGGCGUUCCUGCUCACCAGCUCUGUGAACACACCACUCACAGGAGCAAGAGGAGGAGGAGGAGGAGGCUGGGGGAGCAGGAACCCUCUGAGGCUGCCGGCGCUGGCUGCUACAACCAAAGGAUCCCACGGGAGGAGCAGCAUGGCUCGACUCAGCAUCAGUGAGCCAUCCCUCCUCACAGCAAAUGAAAACAUCCUGUUUGAAGGAUUCUCCAGCAAUCGUCACCCCAAAGUCUUACAAAAGCGACCUCCACCUCUUGCUCCAUUUUCAAAGUCCUCUAUCCUGCUUCCCUGCAAGACCUGCCUCCCACUGAGGACCACCGAGCCCCAUCAGCCGCAGAACCAUCACUGCAACAAACCGGCCUAUCUUCACUUCUCCAAAGCCAUUCAGCCCAGCUCCAAACCGAGACCAGCGAGGCGUCCCUCACACAGGUCGGCCCCAAGCACAGAGACAGUACAGGGUGACCUCAGAGCUUCAGUGAUGCCUCACAACCCUCUCUCUCAGGGAGAGCCUUUGUCGGUUGUUGGGAAGCCUUGUCUGCUGAGUUGCAGUGAACGCUCCACGCAGAGGACUGUCACAGGUCCGGCACGCACUCAGCUUCAUGUGUUUCUGCCAACAGAGGCUGAAGGAGAAGAGGUGGACAGUGAAUCUGUGGAUGAGGGCUUCAUGGAUGAGUUGGACAGUAAAAUAACUUCCCAGAAGCUCCAGCAGGGGGCGCCAAAGAGAGUUUCCCUUUGAAACAUUUUUGCUACUUUACAGUAGAGAGACAGCUGUGUUCAUGAGCAGCUUGUGAAAUUUGAGGCUUGUAUUUUUCUGAUUCAAGCUGGGUUCCUUCUUUGAAACUGUGAAAACCUUAUUGACGCAACAGACAGGACUGUUUUAGACAAUAGGGUUCCUCUAACUUUGUGGCAGAAUAUUGGGGAAGUUACCUCUGACCUUGACAUGACAGUGCUCUUGGUCCAUACAUACAUAAAGACAUAGGAGUGUCAUGUCUGUAUAAAACUGCCAUUGUUUGAAUACUGGGAACUGACUUUCAGCUGUGAACACAAAUAAAGCAACAUAUGUAAUGCUGCUUAAUGAAACUA